ACAGAAAACAACAUAACCUGAAUACAUAAUGCAAAAUAAUCACAUAUUGAAAGUAUGUUAACUAAAUUUCAAUAUUUCCAACAAAAUCUAAUGCAGCUAUCCAUUACAAACGAGCCUCUUGGAUAAAGAUAUGUGUCACAAUAUUGUUUUCCUGCUGAAAUAUUUUGAAAUCCCUUGAAAUAGGAAAAAUGAAGAAGUUGACUGGAUCAUUCAGAUUCACACAAUGGGACCCUUGGCUCAUCAUUUCUCAGAUAAUAACAAUACAAUGUGUUUUGUAUUUCACUCUAGGGUUGUGGUUGGCUAUUCUUGGUUCCCUCGUAGGGGAUACCAGAACCUUAGAUCAUAUAUUUGAGUAUCAUGAAUUACAAGUUCGUGACUUUGGAGGCAGAAUGGUUAUUUUUUCAUUCAUUUUGAAUGCACUAGUGGGAUCUGGAUUGCUGUGGUAUAUUGUCGAAAGAACAAAGUUAUGUAUGGAUUUCAGUAGUACCUGGCAUUUCAUUCAUUUAAUCAUAUGCUGGGGUUAUAACGGUACUUUCCCUACUUCCAUAUCUUGGUGGCUGCUAAAUAUUGCGUGUGCUACCAUAAUGUGCGUUUGUGGCGAAUUUUUAUGCUUAAGAAGUGAACUGAAAGCUAUUCCUUUAUCUUUGGGUCCUAAAACUGACCUAUGAAAAUGUGAUAUUGAACACAAAAACUUUUAUUCUCUUCUGUUUACCUUAUUUAUUAAUGCUUUUCUCACACAGUCAUUUUUAUUUUGAAUGAAAUAAAUGGAAUUGAUGGAAGGAAUAGAUUCAAUGAUGGUAAGAAAAGAUGCUUGUUUUGGUAAAACGAUAUAUUGAAAACAAAAUUAUUUAUCAAAGUUAUAAAUGAUAUUUCUUACCUUAUGAUUAAAAUCUCAUUAAAUUUGAUUAUUGAGCUGAAAUGUGUUUGAAUUUAUUUUAUGUAUAUUCUUUAAGGUUUAAAGUCUAUAGAGUAUGUUGAUGAAAUGAUUCAUCAUAAUAUGAAUAAUAUUUUGCUAAUAUAUUGUUUUUUCUUGUUAAUAAACUGACUGAACACUGA